UUCCACUCUUACUACAUUACUCGAUGAUACAACAAGUAUUAUAGAGAAUAAUUGUUUUAUUUAAUGAAAAUUAUAUUGGAAAGAAAUGAAAAAGGAAAUAUUAUUUUCUGUUUUACUGUCAUUGAUAAAACUCAUUGGCGGAAGAUCUGUUAAUGAUUUUAUGAAAGAUGUAUUUUCUAUAGACGAUAAUUCGUUAGAUGAAGAAUGUACUACAAUGGAAUGUCAAACAUCAAAAUAUCUACUGAAUAGCAUGAAUCGAUCUAUAGAUCCAUGUGUAGAUUUUUAUGAAUACUCGUGUGGUUCUUGGGGGAAAGAACACCAAGUAACCUCUACCAAAUCGUCAUGGUAUCAAUACAAAGAAGCAGAACGAGAUAUCACUAAAAACUUAAAAGAUUUACUUGAAGCUGAAAACAAUGAUGAAAUAAUGUUACCUGCAAAAAAAUUUUACAAGAGUUGUAUGAACUCAGUAAAAAAUAAAAUGAAUAUAGAAUAUUUGAAAUCAGUGAUAUUGUUAUUUGGUGGUUGGCCGAUCGGAAAACACGAAAAAAACAAUAAAUUAGAAUUUUUAGACUGGACGAAAAUUUAUAUUUAUUUAGAAAAAAACUGGAAAAUUCCUACUAUUUUAGAAACUGGCAUAACUGUUAACUAUAUGAAUACCAGUCAAUACAUAUUAAUGAUAGAUCAGCCUGAUAUGAUGUUGCCAGUUUCUAUGUUUUUAAAUCCGUCUAAAUAUUCUGUUCAAAUAUCUGCUUACUCAGAGUUAAUCUCUGGAACUGUUCUAUUGGUUAAAGAAGAUUUGGGACUUGGAUCAACACACAGUAAUAAUUUUGGCGAUGAAACAGCACAUGAAAUAAUAGAGUUAGAGACAAAAAUCGCAAAAUUGCAAAAUAAUAGAUUCAUAAAAAAAAGUGAAAAAGUUUUAAAGAACCGUAUAAUGACAAUUGCAGAACUACAAACUAUCACAGACUUUGUUUCAAAUAAAUUUCGUGUUGAUUGGUUGAAAAUGUUUCAACUUAUGUUUAAAGGUACUGAUAGAAUCAUUAAAGAUACUGAAAGAAUAAUAGUAAGAGAUGAAAAUUUUUUAAAAGAAUUAAUUCGUGUUCUUGAACAAACUUCAAAACGUAUUAUAAUUAAUUAUAUGUCAUGGUGCUUACUGAGAUCGUUAUUAACAGAUAUAAGAGAGGAUUUGAGAAAUCUUGUCAAUGACUUCAAUAUAGUAUUUACAGGAGAAGUAAAAGAAGAUUCUAGGUGGGAGAAUUGCGUAAUGGCAACAAAUUCUCAUUUUACAUUCAACAUUGGAUACACAUAUAUUAAUAAAUAUUUUGACGAACCCGCGAAGAACACGGCUUUAGAAAUGGUUAACAAUAUACAGCAAGUUUACCUAGAACAAUUGGAAAACGUACCCUGGAUGGAUUCAAUUACUCGAAAAGCUGCCAUUGAUAAAUUGCAAUCAAUACAUAAAUUUGUCGCUUAUCCCGAUUGGUUUAAAAACAGCUCUCUUUUGUACACCAAACUUAAAACUGUAAACGUAACGGAUAGCUACUUGAUGAAUUUAGAAAUGUUGCAAGCUUCUUCCAUCACAAGAAAAUUAUCCAGGUUACAUACAGUGCAUAAUCGCGAUGAGUGGACAAUGGACAUUGUUAGUGUCAAUGGGUACAAUGAUAUUUACUCAAAUGCCAUAGUGUUACCAGUAGGAAUGUUGCAUCUUCCAUUUUACCACAAUGUACGAAUUCAAGCAUUAAACUACGGUAUGGUAGGUUUGGUGGUAGGACAUGAAAUAAUGCAUGCAUUUGAUGAUUCAGGUAGGAUGUACGAUAAAAAAGGAAACAGAAUACAAUGGUGGACAAAAGAAACCUUGGAAACUUUUUCAAAAAAAGCUGAAUGUUUUGUACAACAAUACAACAAUUACUACUUAAAAGUGUUAGGAAAUCAAAUUAACGUAAAUGGGCUACUUACGCAAAAUGAAAACAUUGCUGAUAUAGGUGGUUUAAGUCAUGCCUAUUUAGCUUAUCAGAAAUACAUUUCAAAACACGGAACAGAAAAUCGAUUACCUGGUUUAGAAGAUUUAACACCAGAACAAUUAUUUUUUGUUGGGUUUGCUAGUAUAUGGUGUGAAUCUACUACAGAGCAAUCGUUAUUGAAUGAUUUGUUGUCAGAUGUACACAGUCCAGGACGAAUAAGAGUUUUAGGUACUUUAUCGAACUCAAUUGAAUUCGCUAAAGUUUUUCAAUGUCCAGUUGGGUCCCCUAUGAAUCCCCUUGAUAAAUGUAUAAUAUGGUAAUGAUUAUUAAAGAACUAGUCAAUUUGUACUUUCAUUUAUUUUUGUAGAUAAUAAAGAUUUAAUAUGAAGAACCCUGAAAAAAUUUUCUUUGACUAAUAACUUUCA